ACCAUAAUCAAUUCAACAAUAAUCAAAUCAUAUUGUAUACGCGUAUGCCUUAGAUUAGAUACACAUGUGACCAAAUCAUUUUGAAAGGAGAACAAAAGUAAAGCUCACAUUUCAGCACUAAUGAGUUUAACCCUUCCAAAAUCCUGCCACGUACUCCCUGAGAUAUUUCGAGCAACCAAAAAAGAAACUUUUUAGGACACGUGUCAAUGAAUCCGCACUUUCUUCCAAACUCAUACGUUGUCCUAGAUUAUGUAACACAUCAAAUCAUAUCCCAAUGCCAGUGUCCAUCAAUGAGAAUAAUCCACGUAUCCCAAUUUGAAAAAAAAAAAUCAAGGGGUUUAGUAAUUAACAUUUACCUAUUACUAUUGGUACACGUGUCCGACCAUGUGUUUCUAGAGGUUACGAUUUAUAUGGGCGCCAAAAAUAAUUUUUUGAAGAUAAAGAAUUGGAUUACCAUAUUGUCAUCAAGGUGAAAAAUGAGUGAGGUCCCGAGUCAAAGACGGAGGCAAAAUCCGAAUAGAGUAGGUGAGUCGUCGUCGUCUUCGUCCCAGACAGACGACUUGGCGUUUCAGAAUGAGAUAAUUGUUCGUUCGGUUUUUGCUUCCAUGAAGUGGGAUGUUCAGGCCCUAUGUCAAAUGUCAUCGGUUAAUCGAAGGCUCCGAGCACUCGCAAAAAGACUACUGUGGAAGGAGAUGUGCAUUCAUCGCGCUCCACGCAUGAUAGCAUCGUUAAUGGACGGUGCGCCCAAUGGUCGGAUUGGAGGGGAAUGGGAUGCUAUGGCGAAAUUGCUGUUUUUCUGCUGCGGGUGUAAUUCGACCCGACAUUUCCAUAUGGGUCGGUCAUAUCCGGGUCAUUUCGUGAAAUCGUCUCGGUUUUCGAAGACGUCGGGUCGGAGCUUUUUGGUGAAAAGAUGUAGGACGGAUUUGCUGUACGUGAGUGAUCCAUGUGAGCAUCAGAUUAGGGAUAGGGGUGAUGAUUUGGGGAUUUUCAGAGGUGUAUUUGGAGGAUUUACGAGGUCGAAGACGAGGGCGUGUUUGAUUACGAAACAGCUGGAGGGUGAAGAAGGAGUGAGGUGUCCAUUCUGUGGGGGUCGGGUUUGGAGCAUGACAGCAGCUCGGCUUGUCCCCAGGAGCGCUGCGCGGCGGCUAGGUACGCUGGAAAAUGGGUUGGAGUAUUUUGUGUGUGUGAAUGGGCAUUUACAUGGAAGUUGUUGGCUUGUGCCUUUAUCGUCAGAUGAAGAUGGCGCAGACAAAGACGUUGAUGGUGAUGAAAAUGGGGACAAGAAUGAUGGCUACCGCAGAAAUCAGAUCGUUGAGCCCACAUAGUAAUGGGUUUUGAUGGGUUUAUUGAUCGCCAUCGCUCGUAGCCUGUAGCGCCAGGAGGACAGGAAAAGAACAGGGACAAAGGGAUAGUGUUUUCAACUCAUGCUUGAUUUGUUUUGAAAAUUAUGAAUCAGAGUUUUACAUAUUGCUUUCUC